GGAUUGUUUCCGGGCUAUAAAUUCCACUGCAACCCUGUGCUCAUCCCCAACUCAUCUUCUUCUUGUUCACUGUACUGUGCUGUGCUGUAUUACCUGAUGAGUCGCCUCCUGCUCGUCCUCCUCGGGAUUGUCUUCCUCCUCUCGCAUGCAGCAGAGUCGGGCGAGGUGGGCGUGUGCUACGGGACGAUGGGGAACAACCUGCCGACGCUAAGCUGUGGCGCACAGCUGCUGGUGGAUAAGGGCGUCGGAAGGGUGAGGGUGUACGACCCCGACCCAGCUGAGAUGCUGACGGCGUUCGCUAACACCGGCAUCAAGGUGGCUGUGACGCUGCCGAACGAGCUGAUCGCCGACGCGGCCGGUGAUCCAGAGUGCGCGGAGGAGUGGGUGCGGGACAACGUGGAGGCCUUCUACCCGGACACGCUCAUCGAGAGCGUGUGCGUCGGGAACGAGGUGUUCAAGUCGGCGAGCGAGCUCACCCCGCAGCUCCUCCCGGCCAUGGAGAACGUGUACAGGGCGCUGGACUCUGCGGGCUUGGCUGACGCCGUCAAGGUCACCACGCCGGUCGCGUUCGACGCGUUCAAGAACACGUUCCCGCCGUCGGCGAGCGUGUUCCGGGACGACCUCGCGGAGUCGGUGAUGUGCCCCAUGCUCGACUUCCUGGAUCAAACUGGGUCCUACCUCACAGUGAACCUCUUCCCCUACAUUGCCUACAUAGCUCAGCCAGGGAAUAUCUCCCUCGACUACCUGCUGUUCCGCCCCAACAAUGGCGUAUAUGACCCAGGGAGCAAACUAACGUACUACAACCUUUUCGACGCCCAGCUUGACGCCGUGUACUAUGCCAUGGACAAGCUGCUGUCGUCCGGCUCCCGCGCGAGGGGCAAUGGGGGGAGGAAGCUGCUCCAACAAGGGCCUCAGGGCGACGCAAAAGUCGGGGAGACAAAUGUCGCGCACACAGGACAUAGUGGGAGUGGGCCGCCUCACAAGCAGGCCGCGGAUGACGACGGCGGUUGCGCCGGCGCCGCCUGUGGGGUGACUACUGUGGAGAACUCCAAGGCGUAUGUCGGCAACCUCAUCAACAGAGUGGUCCAAGGCGAGCAAAAGACCGGCAACCGCGGCACGCCGUACCGCCCCGACGCCGACAUCGACGUGUACAUCUUCGCCCUUUUCAACGAGAACCAGAAGGAGGGGCCAGAGGACGAGCGGAAUUUCGGGCUCUUCUACCCAGACCAGACGCCCGUGUACAACGUCGACUUCCAGGGCGGCAACGUCGAGGACACCAGGUGGUGCGUGGCGAACCCAGCAGUCGGGGAUGAAAACCUGAACAAGGCCCUGAGCUACGCGUGCGGCCAUGGAGCCAACUGCAACGCCAUCCAGAGCGGCGGACGGUGCUUUAAACCUGACACCGCCGUGGCACAUGCCUCCUACGCAUUCAACGAUUACUUCCAGCGCAACGGCAGGUCCAGCGUUUCAUGUGACUUCAGCGGCGCCGGUUACGUCGUCUACCAGCAACCAAAGUUUGGCAAUUGUGAGCUCCCAUCAACACCAACUGAUAAAAUUUGAGGCAACACCAACAAAGGAAUAAGCUACCUGUUUUCCAUUUAUCGAUACUUGUAAGUGUGUGUCUUUGUGAAGAGAAAGACCAAACCACAAUAUACCAAAAAUAAGAUCACGCGUGGCUAUACCCAACUGAGGUAACAAGAGCGUGCAACAUAAACGUAUAUGUUUUUCCAUUUUGGUGUUGAUGAUCUCUCCAAGAAUAUAAAACAAAGUGGAUAACUUCAGAA